CUCUUUGGCCAAAGAGCCGCCACCCAGGGGACAGUGGGCCCUGGCAGCAUGUGACAGCCAGCCCGGGUGGCCGGGGACAGCGGGAUGGCCGGGAAGGUGGCGCUGCUCCUGUGGGGCGCCCAGACCACCCAGCUCCUCGUGGAGCCCCCCUGGACGCCGCCGGUGCUGUGGGACCGGGUGACACUGACCUGCCAGGGCUCGGGCACCGCCGGUGCCAUCACCUGGUACAAGGACGGGCAGCGCUGGUGGGAGGAGGGACCCGACCAAUUCCGUGUCACCGAGAGUGGCACCUACCAGUGUGACAGACCCGGCACCGGGCGCAGCCCCCCCGUGAACGUCUCCAAUGACCGGCUGGUGCUGCAGGUGCCGGCGCGGGCGCUGCUGGAAGGGGACACGGUGACACUGCGCUGCCGGGGCUGGCAGGACAAACCGGUGACCUGGGUGUCCUUCUACCGUGAGGAGAAACAACUGCAGAGGUUCCGCGAUGGGACCGAGCUGUCCCUGUCCCCUCUGCGGCUGCACCACAGCGGCCGCUACCGCUGCAGGGGCGGGGUGCACUCCGAGGUGUCAGGGAGGUGGAAGGAGUCGGAGUCAGCGCCGGUGUCAGUGACAGUGCGCGGGGUCCCGCUCUCAGGGGUGUCCGUGUCGGUGCAGCCCCCCGGGGCACAGGUGGCACUGGGGGACCGCCUGGUGCUGAGCUGCGCGGUGGCCACGGGGACAGGUCCCCUGUCCUUCUCCUGGCACCGGGGGGACUCAUGGGCACUGCUGGGCACCGGCCCCCACCUGGAGCUGCGCCACGUUGGAGACAAUGACAGCGGCCACUACCAGUGCCGGGCCAGCAACGGGGACAGUGUGGCCGAGAGUGUCCCCCUGAAUGUCACCGUCCUGGUGCCCGUGGCCAAUGCCACCAUCAGCCCCGGUGCCCUGGCACAGCCGGUGCGCGCAGGUGACCCCGUGACCCUGCGCUGCUCGGUGCAGGUGGGCUCAGCCCCUGUCACCUUCACCUGGCUGCGCAAUGGCAGCGAGGUGGCCCGGGGUCCCCUCCUGGAGCUCGGGGACGUCCAUGUGGGACAUUCCGGCACCUACCAGUGCAUGGCCACCAACCAGCUGGGACAGGACGGGCACCGCAUGUUCCGGGCGCUCAGCCCCGAGCUGGCACUGAUGGUGACACUGCGGGCACACUGGGACACAGCAGUGGCCGCAGGGGUUGCCGGGUCCCUCCUGUUCCUGCUCCUGCUCGUGGGUGUCAUUGUGGGCUGGUACUGGUGGCACCACCUGGCCUCCAGGAAGCACCAGGAAAGGGCUCCCCCGGAGCCCCCGGCCCCCCCGGAGGAGGGGGAGGUGCUGUACACCCAUGUCACGAGGACGAAGCGGACGCAGGGGCCCACCCGCACCGCUCUGCCCCAGGAUACCCAAGUGACCUACGCGGAGCUGCCGGGACCCCACGGGCGACUGCGGGCACCCAGCGACAUCUACGGGAACGUGCUGGGACACUGAGGGCGCUGGGGGACACAGGAGGAGCCGACUGACUUCUGCGGGGCCCAAAAUGCAGCUUUUUGCUGAAACUGGGAGAAAUGGUGUUUCUUUGUUCAGCUCUCUCCUGCUUUAGGAACGGGAUUCUCCAAUUUC